AUGUCCCUGCAUAAGUGCCGAUUCUUGCUAGCUGAAUCCAUAACAUUGCUGCGGCAUCAAAAUCAAAAUCUGCAUAAAAUGAAUCUAAAUAAUGCACGCAACGGCAGAGCGCUAAAUAUACUUUUGGGAAAAUUGGAAAGUCAUAAAUCACACAGUCUAUAUCUCCAAAAAUAUUUCAAAAAUUUAUAUAAAGAAAUUUAUGGCCUAGAUUGCUUUAAAAAAGGGAAGAUUUUGCAAUCUCAACUGAAAUUAAUAAGAAGGUUAACUAAGGGCAAUAGAAGUGAGGCUGAAAAUUGUUUUAAAUGGGCAGAAAAUAUAAUUUUAAAUUUCGGUUUGGGAGGGAAAAAUGUACCAAAAGGACGAGUUCAGAAAAGGUCUUUUGAAAAACCCAUCGUGAAAUUUUUUAAAGCCAUUAAAAUUCACAAGAAAAUCAAUACAGAAGAGGAUAUUAAUGGCAUUAAAGAAAUAAAACGAUCACCUUAUGAAAUGACAAACAAAAGAAAAUUCGGUAUAACCUAUCCAGAACUUGUGGGACAGGGAAGUAGUUUUGGUGAUGUGACUAAAUUACGAAAGAAGUUUGGUAAACGGAUUAUACCUAAAGAAGCUAAUUAUUUUGACUCAAGUGACUAUUUAAAGGAUCACAGAGGCUCCAUUGACUUGUCAGAACCUAAAGUAGCUUUAAAAAUCUUGAAAAAUAUGACAGUUAACAUUGAAGAAAAUGUUGAAAGAAAUCUUAGGGAAACACCCUACGGCGAGCCGCAGAAUAUAAAAAGUAAGGAAAAUAUAAAGGAAUUUGUUAAUAAAUUCAAAGGAGAUCUUCAAGACAAUUCACCAGAAUUCCACAUCAACCCAAAGAAAUCUAAAAUUAAAGAAAAAAAACAUAAAUUUUUAAAUAUAUCCGAGAAGGAAAAUCAAAAUGCAUAUGUUAAUAAAUCGGAAGUAAAUCCUAAUGGACAUUCCUCAGAAUCCUCUAUCAAUCUAAAGAAACCUAAAACUAGGGAAAGUAUGAAUAAAAUUAAAAAUAAAUCAGAUCAAAAUCUUCAAGGAAAUUUAAGAGAAACGUUCAAAGUUAUUCAAAAGAAAUCUAAAAUUAGUGAAAAUAUGAAUAGAUUUAAAAACAAAGACGAAAAUCAUGAAGUAAAUUCGUCAGAAUCCUAUAUUAUUCCAAAGAAACCUAAAAAUAAAGAAAAUACGAAAAAAUUUAUAAAUAAGUCUGAAGAAAAUUUUCAAAAAUAUUCAACAGAAUCUUAUAACGACCAAACGAAACCUAAAAUUAAGGAAAAUCUGAAUGAAAUUGUAUACAAUUCAGAAGAAAAGGUCCUAGGAAAUUUUACAGAAACAUCUUCAGGAAUCCAUAAAAAUAAAUUAAAGGAGAUUUCAGAUAAUGGUAUAACCAAUCAAUUGAAAAGUAUUUUAUCCAAAAGCUCUGCUGGGUCAAAAAGCUUAACAGAAAUGGGCUCCAGCAAGAAAAUGUCUACCAUUGACAAAUCAAAUAAUCGAUCUUUUACCUACGAAAACUUGAAAUCCAUUUACCAUGCUUUUAGGUUUAAACCCAAGCGACAAAGUGAUUUUAAAAGAAAACUACCAAAUUUUAAUCCUUCUAAAAGAGAGCUUCUAACUCAAAGAAACAGCAAGGAUUAUUUUUCCCAGUUUAAUAAAAGACUGUCUACGGAAUCCACUAAGAGCUUGGAAAAGAAUAACGCACAGCAGCCAGCCAUGUCAGCAAUGGCCACUGCCAUUAUCAACGGUUUAAAUGAAGAAAAGACAAUAACUUUAGAUGAAUCAAAAAAGUUUGUUAAUAAUUUCGACGCUACAAGAAUGUCUUCUAACAAUUUUUUAGGAAAGAUAUCGAUGAUAAAGCCAGCGGAUCAGAUGAAUGCUGUGUGGAGUGAUUUGGUGGAGACGCAUAAAGGAUGGUCCGAAAAUGCCAAAACUCCCGAGGAUGCUGAAAAACUUAAAAAAAUUCUCAAGUGGCGAUAUAUUCACAAUGUUCAAAAGCUGUUACACAAUAAUGUCAAGUGGCUCAAAAUCGAGCAAACCGUUGGACGGCCAGAAGCAGGAACAAAAAAGCCCCAAAUGGCUAAUAAGAAUAUGAGAUCCAGCUACCAGGUACCAAAUACCUAUGGCUCUUUUCCUCUUUUUAAAAAGCUAUCUAACACAGGAGAUUCCCAACUUAAGAUUCUCCAUGAAUCCUUUAUUCGAACGCAAAUGGAUAUGUUAAGAUCUAGGAUAUUUGACAAGGACGUAGAGCUAAUGAAUAUCAUGAUCAUGGGUAGGCAGGUGCCUGAAGAUGGGAAAGAUCUCGAGAUCUUUAAGAAAUAUAAAACUGAUCCUCAGCACUACAACAUCCUAAUACUAUCACUUGGCAAACACAUCUCUGAUGAAAAAUAUGAGGAGAAGCUGCCAAUCCUGGAGAGAAAUUUUCAAUACAUUAGCCAUCAAAUGGAGGUGCUUUCAAGGGAAAAAAGGAAAAAGGACAUGCAAAUCAAAAACUAUUUACAAAAGGCAGAGGAGGAAUUAUUUGCAAAAUGUUCAGGUGAAAGCAUCCACAUUGAUCCUCUAGACCUUAGUGAAGCAUUUCUGGAACAAAGGCGGGAGAUGUUGGCCACUUACAUUGCCCAACAGGCCAAGACUCCUACAGAGAUUCUUUUAGCCGCUGUCCGAAAACAAAAACGAAAGGCUCAGCUUGCCGCAAAAAAGGAAGAACGCGAGCAGCGUAGAAAACAGGAACAGCAAUUUCUAAAAAACAGAAGACCGCUCAGCGCCCUGUACAAAGCUCCAAGGCAAACGCACCGCGAGCGACAAGCCAUCAAGGAUAUCCAGGAGGAGUUGCAGGGCAUGAAAACGAAAUGCUCAGCCUCAUCAUUGUGUUGCCGACGGUGCAGCAAGUGCGGCUUGAUCUGGACUCAGAAAUGCUCUGAAGAUUCCACCGAUGGCAUUGCAGAUCACAUCUGUUCAAUAAAAUAGUAGAUUUCUUUGAAAAAUGUAACCAUUUUUUUUUGGUAAAUGUUUAUCCGGAAUGUCAU